GCAAGCUGGUAUGGAGAAAGAGAAGUUCCAGCAGAAGGCUCUGAAGCAAACUAAGCAGAAGAAAUCCAAGUCGGCUGAAUUUCUGAUGGUAAAAGAAGAGAGAGCAGCAACAGAAGGCAUUGAAAAUCCAGCUUUUAACAUCAGCAGCACAGAUCUUUCAGCAUAUCAGCCUUCAGAAGAGAAAGUUAUUAGACAUGACAAGCCAGAUAGCACCCUUGCAGCUCACCAACAAAAACUCGGGCUGCAAGCCCGUGCUGAACCAAGAGGAAAUGAAUACAGCAGAAAUUACUUUGACCCGUUGAUGGGUGAGGAAAUAAACCCAAGGCAGUGUGGGAUGGAGGUCAGUGAGGAAGGUGAGGCAGAAUUAAGUCCUGUGAAAUUUGAUGAGCAAGUCCUGUACUCUAAACUGAUGAAGCUUCUAGAUGAAGAAAACAAGAUGCUGGACUUCCAAGCAGCCCGUGUCGCCAGCGAAGAUUUUCCGGAUGCUGUAAUGCCUGUCAGCUCCAGUAAGGCAUGUGACCUUCACAGGGAGCUGGAGGAUGAAGAGAUUCCUUCAUAUAUCGAACAGUUUGAGAGAGAUGUUCAGGAUGACAUAAUUCUGCUUGGCAGCUUUUCACUGGAACAGGCUAAAAGUGUCUGUAUAUUCUUAGUAGCUGGUGAUUUCUGGGCUAAUCUGGAGACAUCUGAACUUGUGGAACUUUGGGUGGGAAGUCAGCCACUGAAAACAGAGGAGAGUGGAAUGGAAGAAGAAAAGGUAGCCAGCUUUGGUAACUUUGCAGAUGUGAAUACUGGAUUAAAUGGAACAGCAGGACCUUGUGGGAAGAUCCUUGUCAGCCCAUCCCAGAUCAGUAACUCCGAGCCUUCUCCCCAGGUUGACUGCUCCAAGAUGCUGCAGACACUAGAAAUUCACCUCAGAUGCCUGAGGGGAGUCAAAGAUAAGGUCCCCAAAGGCCUCUACACUCUCAGAGUUUCAGUUCUCAGCCGCUUAGGGGGUGCCUUGGUGGAGCUGGAGGAGCAGCCUCAGGCCAGGACAACGCGGGCUGUUAGUCACGGUGGAAACUUCUACGACACUGAAAUCUACUUUGGACAAAGCAUCCAGACAGUUCUACCACAUAGAAAAGCUGUGAAACCAGGCAUGGUACUCCUCUUUGAACUCUUCCUUCUCCGUGGCACCUAUACCUGGAUUGAUCGAGAAGUGGCAUGGGGAGCUUUUCCCUUAUGUGAUAAUAAUUUUAAUGUUUUGGAGGGAAAAUUUAAAUGUCCCUUCCUUAGAGGCCAUUAUGACUCCAAAAUUGACCGAUUCAAAAAAAUUGAAAAUUUUAUUUCUCAGGACUUGGAUCAUUGGUUAUGCAAUCUCUACUUCCAGGUAAUUAAACUACCGCAGGAUUCAGAUAAGCAAAAUAAGUGUGGUGUGCGUGUUCAUCUGCCACCCGAACUUCCCAUGUAUUCAAGCACUGCUGAAAGCAAUGGUGUCUCAGAAAAGGUUGUACAGUCUGGACCACAAGGGCAACCUCUGACCUCCCCGAAAGAUCCUGACACCCAUAAGGGAAGUAUUCCCACUGUUGUAAAGGAAGUGGGAGAGCAGUUUAAUGCCGCGAAAGGAGGAGAGGCGUGUGCGUCAGAAGGAGCUGUGAGGAAAAGAGAAGAGCUUAAAAUGCUUCCAGCAGAGGAUUACCAAGAUUGCCUUGGCAAUGCAGACAAGCACUGUGGCUCGUUUUGUCUGAAGGAAGUCCAAGGAGGACAUCACAAGGUCAGCUGGAAUAACCCACCUGACCAUUGUUACGAAGAAAAAUCAGGUCCCAAGAACAAUGCAAGCCAAGAAGAAGGGAAAACAUCUGCAGAGAGCAAUUUUUAUUUGGAAGACUUGGAGAAAUACACCUUUUCUGUGUGCUGCCGUUCUGCUGCUGAUGGGAAGCUGUCCAGGCAGGUUGUCCAGCGUUUCCAUUUCGUGGUGUACACGGCCUUUUCAGAGCUGGGAGCCACACGCUGGCGCUCCAGGGAUUUCUGGCUGCUUGCACUGGUGGUCGUUUUGCUUUGGUUCCUGAGACUUUACCUGCAUUAUCUGAGCCAGUGGCUCUUUCUUCAGACCAUCUCAGUUCCUGUUGAAAAAUUCCAGCUCUUCCCUCACACUGUGGAACUGUGCUACCAGAACUCCUUGCUGCACACCAGUGAAGAGUUGGCCAUGGUUGUGGUGGGACCCCUAACCUUGAACGCAGGGCUGCUUCUCAUGGUCCUGAUCAGAUGGGGCUGUCAGCAGCUGUUUGACUCAUUCCCUUCCUUCUUGUCAAAGUUUAUCAUAGCUAUGGGACUAUGGACAGUGCUAGACCCCUUGGCAGUGUUUGUAGUGGAUUCAUUCCUGGGGCGAUUUGGGAACAGUGUAGAGAAACCCAUUGCUGAUGCUGCAAAACUGUCCUGGGUGUUUCUAAGAGCAGGGGAGUCGGGGGUUCCUGGUGCCUUAAUCACCGUGAUGCUUUAUACCAUCCUGUUCAUGAUCUCAUCAACAGUGUUGUACCUGUAUUUUUUAAGGCUACACAGCGAAGGUUGGCUCUUGGAUGUACUUCGACGUAUUCAUGGUGAGGAAGGCACAUUCUUUGUUCCACUGGACUUGGAGAUUUCCAGUCAGGAGCUGAGCUACAUUAUGAAGAGGGCUGAGCAGUGGAGGGGGAUCAAUGGUGAAAGACGGAUGGUGGCAGUGUCUGAUUACAUCUGGAAGGACCACGCCAGCCAGCCGGGUGUCUCCAGCUGUGACCUCCGGCAGCAGGACGGGAUCCCUGGCGCUGCGGCCAGCUGCAGAGGCAGCACCACUGCCCGCGUCUGCGUCUACACGGUCCAGCUCAGCGGCACCCAGCAGCUCUACAGGCAAUUCCUCAGGCUGCCUGACGGCGCUAUCAUCGAGGCAUUUGGUGAUAUUAGUGAGGAAAGUUUUUCGUGUAAAAUGAACACAGACCAGGGGCAUACAAGGGAAAAGGACAGCGAGCUGUGUACUUCUACACGUAUCAAGCUGAGGGAGAGGAAAAAGAGUACACCAAGUUGGAAAGUGCCUAGAGGGGUACAUGCAGAGUGGAACAGCUAUGUCAAGUUCCCACUGAAGGUGCUCCUGAGCAAAGGUGGUAUCAGGGCCUGUGGGGCAUUCCGGUAUGGCUACUGUCUGAUAGGAUUUACGUUUCUGAUGGCCGCAUCUCUGCCCAUGCGGCGUUGCCCUGCAAAUGCUCCCUUUGUAGCUCUUCUGUGGCUUCAACAGGCUGUGCACUGCGGUGAACUCGUGGGAUCAGAUCACAGAUUGGAUCGUGCAAACAUAAUUAUUUCUUGUGACCUUUUUCCCCCUUCACAGCUGUGGGGCAUUCCUAGAUUUCUCAGGGUUCAGGAGGCUGUUUUUAACACUUUAGCUUCUGGAGUAGUUUCCUCACUCCUCCGUAUGCUGCUAUAUCCUGUAGAGCUGGCAAAGGCAAAGUACUUGGAUUCAGAGGUGGAUUAA